GUGACGGUCUCUUCGGAGGGCUACCACGUCCAUUUGGGUUUCUGGUUUGCCGUCAUUGCUUGUUCAUAAGUGACAGUUUUUGUGAUGCGUUGACAAACUACUGCUCUCUUUUUGAGGUCACUGUAAUAGCUCAAUGUGGGAGAGCUUCGCUCACUGUCCAUUUUGGCUUGAGUUUGCUUCAGUUCUACAGCUGCAGUGAAGGAAGCCAACAUCCAAAUGCAGCCAAUGUUGACACCAUGGAAUCAAGUCAGGAUUCCAUAUCCGACAACGGAGGAUCGAAUCCCGGACCUCAACUCCAACUGUGACAUUUGCUCCAUCCAGUCCUCACAGUUCUGGAGUAUGAUGGAAGACUACGAUGUGGACAUGGAGGAAGAGGGGUUCACGAGGAAGGACGACUGCUCGUGGAUAGACCUGGGAAACGAUGAGGCCGGACGAGGGUGCAUGGUCAACAGCCGGAGCUGGGCCGAGGAGCUGAAGGACUGUGAUGGCGGAGGACGAGCAAGACUGUCCAGCAUCUCUGCCCAGAGGAACGAGCGAGAGUCCAUCAGGCAGAAACUAGCGCUCGGUAGUUUCUAUGACGACGAGCCCGUCAUCUUCACCAGCUGCAGCAAAAAUGAGCCAUCCGCCCGGCUGCAGAGUGGAGUGAACCUUCAGGUGUGUUUUGUCAACGACAGCAGCAGUGACAAAGACAGCGAUGCUGAGGACAGCAGGACGGAGACCAGCCUUGACACUCCCCUGUCACCUGUGAGCAAGCAGAGCUCGUCCUUGUCAGAUCGAGACACAGCGGAGGAAGACUCCGAUCCACUCGAUGACUGCGGCGGGUUCUGGCAAGUCCAACGGAGGCUUCAGGAGGAAGCUCGGGUAGCGCUGGCGCUGGCCAGACCCAUGGCUCGAAUGCAGGUGGAGGUGGAGAGACAGAUCCAGCUGCACAGGCGCUCACCUGUGGCUGAUUUGCUCCCUCACCUGCCCCACAUCAGCGAGGGCCUGAUGAAGAGGAACCUGCGACGAGGCGACAUGAGGGACAUGAGCCUGGGCCAGCUACAAGUCAUCACAAACGACCUGCACUCGCAGAUACAAAGUCUGAACGAGGAGCUGGUGCAGCUGCUGCUGCUGAGGGAUGAGCUGCACGUGGAGCAGGACGCCAUGUUGGUGGACAUCGAAGACCUCACCAGGCACGCCCACACCCAUCAUCGGCACCAGAUGGACAAAGCCCAAUCGAAAUAAUCCCACCUGCACACCACUGGUCUGACUGCUGAAACCUCCAUCUGUCUGUCUCCAGAGAGCUACAUUCAUCAUAUAGUACUCACGCACUUAAGUGUAUAUUCCACCACUGGAUGUUGUUGUAAGACUUAGGCUUCCGAGGCUUCGUUCACACGACCACGUUUUCUUACCAAACUCUCAAAAAGCUUCGUCAGAUUCCCAGCAAAGCAAUAAUUUAACCUUCAUUUCCCAGUGCACAUCUGAGGCUGCAACACAGCCACUACAAUAGACGACACCCAUUCAACCCACUCCAUGAUGCGGUACUGACUCAUUCUGUAAACUAACAUUGACUAUUUGAAUAAUUCGCGUCAUGUCUCUGCAUGUAUUAAGAAAACAUAGUGGUGUGGACUCAGCCGUACUAAAGCUUUCAUAGCGGUCACUGUGAGCACCGUUGCAGGCUUGACACAUCUGAUUUAGCAAAAUACCAUUGAAAUACAAACCGUUUCAAGUAUUCAAGUAUUUCAUUUUGCACAGUGAAGUUUACGUUUACAAAGAACAGGAGACAUGCUGCUCUAUAAACAAGUCUCUUUCCUGCGUUGUUAAGGUGCAUUUUGGUUCGAUACAAACUCGUGUUGGUCUCUGAAAUGUAUCGCUUUUGUCUGACCUGAGAAACCUAUCAAAGAGUUUGAUCACAAAUUACCAUUUGUUUACGACAAGGUCUACUACCUCUUGACCUCCGCUGUCCCGUAAUGCACAUCUCCCUUUGAUUUGCACACGAUACUACACAUAAAAAAAGAUUCUUAUUCCGAUGUUUGUAUUGCAGUCAUGUUUUACCGAGGCAUGUUGACCAUCCUCUGGUCUUUCGUUUUUGUGAUUCUGAAUAUACAGUAUUACUAAAGGUAAAUAUAUAUAUAUAUCUAUAUGUAUGUAUGUACGAUCAGUUCUAAGAGUUUACAGACAUACUUUGCGUAUGUAAAACGUCACUUUAUUGAAGGAUAUAGACAUCCUGGUACGUGUUUUCACCCUCGGCUUAUUAUGAAUGUCAUUCAGCAAGUUCUUUUAUUGUAUGCUUUGUGGAUUAAUAUACUGUUUGAUUGUUUAAAAAAUGAAUAAAGAUACAUGAGUGUG